AUGGAAUCGUCAAAUAUGCCGAAAAGUCAACGAAUUAAUGAUCGUGAAAUCGGAAAGGAACUUCCUCGUGACUUUGAUGAUAGUGACCUGAGUAGUUUUAGUGAAUUUGAUGAUUCAGAUGCCGAUAAAGAUUUUCAUGCAUCAUCAGAGAGUACAGACGGUUCCAGUAGUGGUAAGAAACAUUUAUGCUGUGGUAUCACCCGUAUUGGAUAA